AUGGGCAAGUCAAAAGUCAUUCGUGUUGGCCACGACGCGCCACACCAGCCUGAUGUGGAGAGCGAGAGCAGCUACAGCUUUGUUGAACUGUCGAAGCGCCGAAUGAAGGUCAAAAUUCAAAGUUUGACCGAUGACGAGAUCGUGUUAGACCUCAUAGGCGUAGAUGCCGCGAUUGCCAAUGCACUACGCCGCAUUCUGCUUGCCGAGGUACCCACUAUGGCUAUCGAGCACGUAUAUAUUUGGAACAACUCGUCCAUCAUUCAGGAUGAAGUAUUGGCUCACCGUUUGGGCCUUGUGCCGCUCAACGUUAACCCUCGCGAGUUUCAGGCAUUUCCAGACAAUGAAGAGGCUGAAGCUACUGACGAGAACACUAUCGUCUUUAAGCUGGAUGUCACCUGUACAUUUGACCCUGAUCACCCAAAGGAUCCUACCAAAGCAAUUCACUCUUCCGUGUACUCACGCGAUCUUGAGUGGGUGCCGCAAGGAAACCAGGAAGAGCGAUUUGGCCUGAUCCGUCCUGUAAACGAAGAGAUUUUGAUUGCAAAGCUACGGCCCGGCCAGAGCAUAGCAUUGGAGGCCCACUGUCGCAAGGGCGUAGGUAAAGAUCACGCCAAAUUUUCCCCUGUUGCUACAGCGUCAUAUCGCUUGAUGCCCAAGGUGGAGCUUAUAGAAAAGAUAGAGGGCGCCGAUGCGAAGCGUUUAGUGAAUGAAUGCCAGAUGGGCAUUUUUGACGUUGAGGACAUAUGCGGGAUUUCAACGGCCGUAGUAAAAAAUGAACGUUCGUGUACGAUGUGCCGAAACUGCAUUCAAGAGCCUAUCUGGAACGAAAAAAUUCGUCUAGGACGUGAGAUUAAUCACUUUAUCUUCACCAUAGAGUCCGUCGGUAUGAUCAAGGCUGAGGAGCUGUUGCUGGAGGCUCUAAAUGUGCUCGUACAUAAGUGCAAUAUUUCCCUUGAAUCGUUUACGCAAUUGGACGAGGUUGAAGAUAUGGUUAAUGACGGAGAAGAGAUAGCUUAG